ACUCUCUACCUCUAAAUUAUUGAUUUAUUUCAACUUCUGUUUUCCUUGUUAAUAUUAACAUGAACACUUCCUCUCAAUUUUUCUUCCUUUCACUCAUUGCCAUAUGGCUCAUAUCUCUAACAGCUUUUGGAGCUACUACUAUUCACCCGGACGAAAAGAAAGCUCUUGAAGAUAUAGCUACAUCACUUGGUAAGAAGGAUUGGAACUUCGGCAUAGAUCCAUGCAGCAACAAACCUAACUGGUUUACGCCUCCCAUACCCAAAAUCUUAGAAAACAAUGUAACCUGUAACUGCUCUGUUCCUAGUGACAACUUCUGUCAUGUUACUAUAAUAAGUUUGAAAGGGCAAAAUCUUCAAGGCACUCUCCCACGGGAACUGAACAGGUUGCAAUACCUUCAAACUAUUGACCUCUCUCGCAAUUACUUGAACGGUACAAUUCCUAAAGAAUGGGGCUCCAUGACGAAUCUUCUUAACAUUAAUCUCCUUGGAAAUCGAUUAACGGGUUCAAUACCAAAGGAGAUUGCAAAUAUAUCAACCCUGAUUCAGUUGGAGUUAACGGCCAAUCAAAUGUCUGGAAAUAUUACUUCUGAGCUUGGGAAUCUCCCCCAGAUUCGAACACUGCGAUUUUCUUCUAACAAUUUUUCUGGAGAGCUACCUGUGACAUUAGCCAAGCUCGCUACAUUGCAAGAGUUCCAAAUUUCGGACAACCAAUUCUCAGGAAAGAUACCCGAUUUUAUUCAGAACUGGACUAAUAUCAAUACGCUAAUCAUUCAAGGGAGCGGAUUAAGUGGACCAAUUCCUUCCGAAAUUUCACUAUUGAGAAACUUAACCGACUUGAGAAUUAGUGAUUUAAAUGGAUCUGAAUAUGCACCUUUGCCGCAACUUAAAAAUCUGACAUCGUUAAGCAAACUGCUUCUAAGGAAUUGCAACAUCAAUGGAACACUACCUGAUCUCGGGACUAAGACAUCGUUAAAAUACUUAGACUUCAGCUUUAACAAAUUAAGUGGAACAAUUCCAAGUACCUAUGCUGACAUAAACGAUAUUAUGAACUUCAUAUUUUUAACUGGAAACCUUCUCACAGGACCAAUACCUUCUUGGAAAACGAACGUCUACGUAGAUCUUUCGUACAAUAACUUCAGCGUCAGCCAAGGGAAUCGGAUAUGUCAAAAUGAUAAAGUAAACUUGUUUUCUACCUCAUGGGCAAAUAAUAACAUAGGAACAGUUUCGUGUUUGAGCGGAUGCACCAAUCCCUCCUACUCCCUUUAUAUAAAUUGUGGUGGACAGCAAGAAACAGUUAGCAGAACAAGUUAUAAUGGCGAUUCAGAUUCACCUGGAGCAGCUAAAUUCCAUGUCAGUCCAACAGGAAAUUGGGCAUUUAGCACCACUGGUAUAUUCAUUGAUAGUGACCAACUCGGAGAAACUUAUUCCCCGCAAAAUGUCACCACACUUACUAUGGAAGAUGCUGAUUUGUACAUGAAUGCACGUGGUUCUGCUAUUUCUUUGACUUAUUAUGGGUUUUGCCUGGCAAAUGGAAGCUACACAGUAAAUCUACAUUUUGCUGAAAUAAUGUUCAGAGACGACCAAACUUAUGGAAGUCUUGGAAGACGUGUAUUUGAUAUCUACCUUCAGGGAAAGCCAGUGCAAAAGGACUUCAAUAUUGCCAAAGAAGCAGGAGGAGUUGGUAAGAAAGUUAUAAAACAGUUCAAAGAUGUUGUUGUCACUAGUAAUACCUUGGAGAUCCGUUUGUAUUGGGCUGGAAAAGGGACACAGGCUCUCCCAAAUAGAUCAAUAUUUGGUCCUCUUAUAUCUGCCAUAUCAGUGGAAUCUGACUCUCCACCUGGAACUGGAAGCAUAUCUGCAGGAGCUGUGGUUGGAAUUGUGGUUGCAGCAACAGUUAUUAUCAUUCUAGUAUUUGGUAUACUUUGGUGGAAAGGAUGUUUUGGAAAAAAAAACUCAUUAGCAAAAGACUUGAAGAGUUUAGACGUUCAAACGGGUAUAUUUACCUUACGACAAAUCAAAGCAGCUACAAAUAACUUCGAUAUUUCCAAUAAGAUUGGAGAAGGAGGAUUUGGUCCUGUUUACAAGGGAUGUUUACCCAAUGGGACAUUGAUAGCAGUAAAGCAACUUUCUUCUAAGUCAAAGCAAGGGAAUCGUGAGUUUUUAAAUGAGAUAGGCAUGAUUUCUGCUUUGCAACAUCCUUAUCUCGUUAAACUCCAUGGCUGCUGUGUGGAGGGAGAUCAGUUGUUGCUGAUAUAUGAAUACCUGGAAAACAAUAGUCUAGCUCGUGCCUUAUUUGGUUCAGAGGAACACCAAAUAAAAUUACAUUGGUCAACAAGGCAGAAGAUUUGUGUUGGUAUUGCUAGAGGUUUGGCAUACCUCCAUGAAGAAUCAAGACUGAAGGUUGUUCACAGGGACAUCAAGGCCACUAAUGUAUUGCUUGAUACGAAUCUUGACCCAAAGAUAUCUGAUUUUGGUUUGGCCAAGCUUGACGAGGAGGACAAUACUCACAUUAGUACUAGAAUUGCCGGGACCUAUGGAUAUAUGGCUCCUGAAUAUGCAAUGCAUGGUUAUUUAACAGACAAAGCAGAUGUUUAUAGUUUUGGAGUUGUUGCCUUGGAAGUCGUUAGUGGAAGAAACAACACCCUUCAUCGGGCAAAGGAGGAAGCAGUCUAUCUUCUUGAUUGGGCACAUUUGUUGAAAGAAAGGGGUGACCUAAUGGAGCUAGUUGAUAGAAGAUUAGGUUCAGAUUUCAACAAAAAGGAAGCUAUGGUGAUGAUCAAUGUGGCUCUUCUAUGCACCAAUGUCACUUCAAAUCUUAGGCCUGCCAUGUCAUCAGUUGUAAGUUACCUUGAAGGAAGGACUAUGGUUCCAGAGUUUGUUUCAGAUUCAAGUGAAGUAAUGGAUGAAAAGAAGUUGGAAGUAAUGAGGCAGUAUUACUACCAGAAGGAAGAAAAUAAUACAAGUAGUACGUCACAUACACAAAGUCAGAGUUUAAUAAGUGAUGGGCCAUGGACUGCUUCAUCUUCAUCAGCUGUAGACCUUGAUUCUUCCUAUUUGGAUGGAAGAAAUUAAGAGUGAUUGUUGAUAAAUAAUUGCAUCUGCCAGCUUCAUGUCCUACAACUGUGCCAUGUGAUGCAACCAUGAUGUAUAUCUUCAUAUAGUGAAAACGUUAGCUUUCUCAGAUGAGCUUUUAACUUGUGACAUUCAAAUAUGCAAAUAGUUAGAGCCAUUUAAUUCCAUUAUAAUUUGUUAUUAUAUUCAACUUUUCUAUAUAAUCAGUAAAACAAAUUGAUACUCU